AUGUCCGAGAAAGAUCGCGAGGGCUGGAAGAAGCUGCUGUCAGGAGGUGGUGGCAUGUCCUCCGUGUCUGAAGCACUUGCAGAGCCACCGAGCUUCUCUCCCCCAGUCCCACGUCUACCACCAGCGUCCCAAACUACAUCUGGCGUUGGAGACCGCUUUUAUUUCAGCUUCGGCAAGCCGGUCGACCUAGCAGAUGUCGACCCGAAAGACAAGGAGGCCUGCGAGGAGAUCUACGCCAAAUUAAAGGGCGAUGUGGAGCGCGAGAUUGCAUGGCUGUUGGAAAACAGAGUCAAGGACCCCAAUCGUGACUUCGUGAGGCGCCAGACACUGGAACAG